CAUAUGCUUAAGGGAAAUUCAGGUAAGCCAACCUUAAUAGCUCCAAGGAGGUUUUGCUUUUAUUUGUCUUUCUGCAGACUAGACUUGUUUCUUAUUUGAUGCACCAGCGGUUGAACUUGUCCCACUUAUUAUGUGUUAGGUGGGUGUUCACCUAAGAAUUUCUCCUUAUUUUAUGAAAGAGACGGGCACAUUUAAAUAUAUACUUCAUUCUCUUCACUUCAGUGUCUCAGCCUGCAGCCUGCAGCCACCAUGGACACACCAGCUCUGCACAUAGCAAUGUUUCCAUGGUUUGCCAUGGGGCACUUAACCCCAUUUCUCCACCUCUCAAACAAAUUAGCAAAACGAGGAUACAGAAUCUCCUUCUUCAUCCCCAAAAGAACACAAACCAAGUUAGAGAAAUUCAAUCUCUACCCACACCUUAUUACCUUUUUUCCCAUCAAUGUUCCUCAUGUUGAUGGCCUUCCCCGCGGUGCUGAAACCACUUCAGAUGUGUCUUUCUCUUUAGCUCCACUCAUCAUGACAGCUAUGGAUCGCACUGAAAACGACAUCAAACUUCUCCUCACUCAGCUAAACCCACAAAUUGUUUUCUUUGAUUUCCAACACUGGCUACCCAAUAUCACAAGGAGCCUUGGCAUCAAGAGUGUCCAAUACUGGAUCAGUAAUCCAGUAACAACAGCUUACCUCGGAAUCGCACCAAGACAGAGCCAAGGAAUAGAGUUAACUGAAGUUGAUUUUAUGCAACCGCCUCAGGGGUUCCCUGAUUCAUCCAUCAAGCUUCAUGCACAUGAGCUUCAAUUCCUAGCUGCCUCAAGAAAAAUGGAGUUUGGAAGUGGUGUUUUGUUGUAUGAUCGUGUCGACAUAGGUGCACGCUUGGCAGAUGCAAAUGCUUUCAAAGGUUGCAGAGAAAUUGAGGGACCUUAUGUUGACUAUCUUGAAACUGUGUAUAAGAAGCCUGUUCUGCUUUCAGGGCCUCUUUUACCAGAGCCAUCAAACUCUACUUUAGAAGAAAAUUGGGUUUCAUGGCUUGGGAAAUUCAAUUCUGGUUCUGUGGUUUUCUGUGCAUAUGGAAGUGAAGGUCCAUUACAGCAAAAUCAGUUCCAAGAGUUGUUGCUUGGACUUGAGCUAUCAGGUUUUCCAUUUCUUGCAGCUCUUAAGCCCCCAACUGGAUUUGAUUCUAUUGAGGAAGCUCUUCCAGAAGGAUUCAAAGAAAGGGUGAAAGGAAGAGGGAUUGCAUAUGGAGGUUGGAUUCAACAACAAUUGAUUUUAGGACACCCUUCAGUGGGGUGCUUCAUAACACACUGUGGAGCAGCUUCUAUAACUGAGGCACUUAUCAGCACUAGUCAAAUGGUUCUGCUGCCGCGACUCGGUUCUGAUCAUAUCAUGAAUGCACGAAUAAUGAGUUUAAAGUUAAAGGUUGGGGUGGAAGUGGAGAAAGGUGAAGAAGAUGGCUUGUUCACAAAAGAAAGUGUGUGCAAAGCUGUGAAAAUUGUGAUGGAUGAAGGGAAUGAACUAGGAAGGGAAGUGAGAGCAAAUCAUACCAAAGUGAGGAACUUAUUACUAAGCAACAACUUAGAGUCCUCAUGUGUGGAUAGUAUCUGUGAAAGGCUUAGAGAGUUGCUAUAAAUUAGUUUCAAUGUCACAUAUCUAAUUCAGUAGCUUACAAAUAAAUAUAAUGAACUCAAUUGUUUACAUAGGUCUUUUAUCAAACAG